AUGACUAUCCCAGACGAGGUUGAUAUCAUCGUUACUGGCGGAGGAUCAUGCGGCUGCGUCGUCGCUGGUCGAUUGGCCAACCUCGACCAUAACCUCCAGGUCAUGCUCAUCGAGGCUGGAGAGUCCAACCUCAAUAACCCUUGGGUGUACCGUCCUGGUAUCUACCCUAGAAACAUGAAGCUCGACAGUAAGACAGCUUCGUUCUACUACUCCAGACCUUCUGAAUGGCUGGGUGGCCGUCGUGCCGUGGUGCCUUGUGCUCACAUCCUUGGUGGAGGUUCUUCUAUCAACUUCAUGAUGUACACUCGUGCUUCAGCCUCUGACUACGACGACUUCCAAGCCAAAGGCUGGACUACUAAGGAGUUACUCCCUCUGAUGAGAAAGCACGAGACUUACCAAAGAGCCUGCAACAACCGUGACAUCCACGGCUUCGAAGGCCCCAUCAAAGUCUCUUUCGGUAACUACACUUACCCUGUUAUGCAGGAUUUCCUUCGUGCCGCCGAGUCCCAAGGUAUUCCCGUCACCGACGACUUGCAGGACUUGAAGACCGGGCAUGGAGCCUGCCACUGGGAGAAAUGGAUCAACAGAGAUACCGGACGUCGUUCAGAUUCUGCUCAUGCAUAUAUCCACAGUACUCGUGCUCACCACUCAAACCUUCAUUUGGUCUGCAACACCAAAGUCGAGAAAGUGAUUAUGGAAGGAGGUAGAGCUGUUGGUGUCAAGGUCGUGCCAACUAAACCACUGUCUCCUGACCAAGAUCAAGCCAAGAUCUACAGGGCAAGAAAACAGAUCAUCGUUAGUGGAGGCACCUUGAGUUCUCCUCUUAUCCUUCAGCGCUCUGGUAUUGGCGACCCUGAAAAGCUUCGUGCUGCUGGAGUCAAGCCACUGGUCGAUCUUCCUGGUGUUGGUCUUAACUUCCAAGACCACUACUUGACUUUCUCAGUCUUCAGAGCUAAGCCUCAUGUCGAGUCUUUCGAUGACUUUGUUCGUGGUGAUCCUGCUGUUCAGAAGGCAGUCUACGAACAAUGGAAUGUCAAUGGUACUGGUCCUCUGGCUACCAAUGGUAUCGAAGCUGGUGUCAAAAUUCGGCCUGAUGAGAAUGAACUUGCUCAGAUGGACAAAUGGCCUUGUCCAGAAUUCCGAUCCGGAUGGGAGAGCUACUUCAAGAACGCCCCUGAUGUAAACCACAUGUUGAUGCCCCCCGGAAAGUUUUUCACCAUGUUCCACUUCCUCGAGUACCCCUUCAGCAGAGGCUUCACCCACAUAACCUCUCCCUCCGCCUACGACGCCCCCGACUUUGACGCUGGCUUCAUGAACGACAAACGCGACAUGGCACCCAUGGUCUGGGGUUACAUCAAGUCCCGCGAGACCGCUCGACGCAUGGACGCUUAUGCCGGCGAAGUAACUUCCAUGCAUCCCUUCUACGCCUACGACAGUCCUGCACGCGCCAUGGACAUGGAUCUGGCAACGACCAAGGCUUAUGCGGGAGAAAACCACAUCACUGCGGGUAUUCAACAUGGAAGUUGGAGUAUGCCGUUGGAAAGCGGAACAGCACCUUCUCCUUCCUUCCUCAACAGCAACAAGCAAGAGAUCCGCAAAGAUCUUGUUUACUCCAACGAAGAUAUAAACCAUAUCAUUGAAUGGACAAAACGACAUGUCGAGACUACUUGGCACAGUCUCGGAACCUGUUCGAUGGCUCCCAAAGAAGGAAAUUCUAUUGUCAAGCAUGGAGUGCUUGAUGAAAGACUCAAUGUCCACGGUGUCAAGGGAUUGAAGGUUGCAGACUUGUCUAUAUGUCCUGAUAAUGUGGGUUGCAAUACUUAUAGUACUGCAUUGCUCAUUGGUGAGAAGUGUGCUAUGCUUGUUGCCGAGGACUUGGGAUAUUCGGGUUCUGCUUUGGACAUGAAGGUGCCUAACUAUCAUGCCCCAAGAGAGAUUGCUGGAUUGUCUCGUCUAUAG